CCCAGCAGUUGCUGCUUAUUUUUAAUUAUUUUCCUCUCUCUCCCUUUUAGCCUUCUUGUUUUCAUCUGCGGUUCGGCACCAGAGUUCCCAGGGCACGUCACUGCAGCAAGGACUUGUUGCCAAAACAUCUCUGAGUUCACCCCCAUGGCCUGAAGUGAAACUUCCAGAUCCUGUAGAAGAAGCGAAGUAUCAUGCAGAGGUGGUACAAAAGGUGAACGAGAUGAUUGCGACGGGGCAGUACGGACGGCUCUUUGCUGUGGUCCACUUUGCCAGCAAGCAGUGGAAAAUAACCAGUGAAGACUUGAUUAUGAUGGAUAACGUACUGGAGGCUGAAUGUGGAGACCGAAUCCGGUUGGAAAAGGUUUUGCUGGUUGGUGCUGACGACUUCACGCUUAUUGGAAGGCCGCUCCUGGGGAAAGAUCUUGUCCGUGUGGAGGCUACUGUGGUUGAAAAGACUGAGUCGUGGCCAAAAAUUAACAUGCGCUUUUGGAAGAGGCACAACUAUCAGCGGAAGAAAAUCAUCAUAAACCCACAGACUGUCCUUCGGAUAAACACCAUAGAAAUUUUCCCCUGUUUGUCAUGAGUGAUUGAUCGGGUGUUGUGUGGCUCAUGUUUAUUAUUGCUUUAGGUAAUUAUGGAAAUAAAACUGCUUUGUCAUUGGAAA